ACCGGGUGGGCGUUUCCGGGCAAGGCCGUUCCGGGCGGAGGGAGGCGGGGGUCACGGAUCCUGGCCUGGGCGUCCCCUAUCCUGGCCUGGGCGUCCCCAUCCGCACCCGGGGCUCGACGCCGCCAUGGAGAGCGGAGGGCGGCCAUCUCUGGGCCAGUUCAUCCUCCUGGGCACCAGCUCUGUCGUCACCGCCGUCCUGUACUCCGUGUACCGGCAGAAGGCCCAGGUUGCCCAAGAGCUCAAGGGAGCUAAAAAAAUCCACUUGGGUGAAGAUUUAAAGAGCAUUCUUUCAGAAGCUCCUGGAAAAUGUGUGCCUUAUGCUGUUAUCGAAGGAGCUGUGCGAUCUGUUAAGGAAACACUUAACAGCCAAUUUGUGGAAAACUGCAAGGGGGUAAUACAGCGGCUGACGCUUCAGGAGCACAAGAUGGUGUGGAACCGGACAACCCACCUUUGGAAUGAUUGUUCAAAGAUCAUUCACCAGCGAACCAACACGGUGCCCUUUGAUCUGGUGCCCCAUGAGGAUGGCAUGGCCGUGGCCGUGCGAGUGCUGAAGCCCCUGGACUCAGUGGAUCUGGGCCUGGAGACUGUGUAUGAGAAGUUCCACCCCUCCAUCCAGUCCUUCACCGAUGUCAUUGGCCACUACAUCAGCGGUGAGCGGCCCAAAGGCAUCCAGGAGACCGAGGAGAUGCUGAAGGUUGGGGCCACCCUCACAGGGGUCGGAGAGCUGGUCCUGGACAACAACUCUGUCCGCCUGCAGCCGCCCAAGCAAGGCAUGCAGUACUACCUGAGCAGCCAGGACUUCGACAGCCUGCUGCAGAGGCAGGAGGCGAGUGUCAGGCUCUGGAAGGUCCUGGCACUGGUUUUUGGCUUUACUGCCUGUGCUACCCUCUUCUUCAUUCUCCGGAAGCAGUAUCUGCAGCGGCAGGAGCGACUGCGCCUCAAGCAGAUGCAGGAGGAGUUCCUCGAGCACGAGGCCCAGCUGCUGAGACAAGCCAAGCCUGAGGACAGGGAGAGUCUGAAGAGUGCCUGUGUCGUGUGUCUGAGCAGCUUCAAGUCCUGUGUCUUUCUGGAGUGUGGCCAUGUCUGCUCUUGCAGCGAGUGCUACCAGGCCUUGCCAGAGCCCAAGAGGUGCCCCAUCUGCAGGCAGGCCAUCACCCGGGUGAUUCCCCUGUACAAUAGCUAAUGGGUUCAAGGUACGCACUUGGACAUGGAAGCAACCUCCGCCCUUUUGGGGGAUCUUUCUCUCGAGGCCUUUGCAAGAGCAAUGCUGGGGUUAGCUGUUACCUCCAGGGAAGACUGAGCUGUGGAGAGGGAGGAAGUGAUUUAGGCCCACAGAUCCUCCAGUAGGAUGUGGCUUUUCCAACUGAGAGGGGACCUCGUCCACGCAGAGCAUGAGAACCAAAGCCUAGCCUGGGAGGGUGCCAUGCCAUGAAGACUAUUCCCAGGGGUCAGAUGAGUGCGUGUAUGGCUGAAAGCCUCAUCACUUAAGCACCAAAGCCAGUGGUCAUCAGCUCUUGUUCCUGUGUUUUCUGGUCCUUUCUGGUGAAGUGUUGAUUGCUGUGGACUUGGAGGGGAGGAAAAGCUGGGCCCUGAGCACCCUGGACGCCUCCCAGAGCUGCCUCUGCAGGGACUCUGCCUCAGCGCUUCUUCCUUUUGCUCGCAGUCUGGGAAAAGGUCUUUCUUUAAAAUUGUCAGACUGGAUGGGUCACUUGUGUCCCUUUUCCCUCACCCACUUGCCUUCCAUAUGUGUGCACGUGUGUGUAGACAACAGAAGAACGUGAAAUCAGCAAAUCUGCCUCUUUCCAAAUGAAUGGGACGCUAGGCGGCAAAACGAAGGGAGGUCACCUGAGAGGCAGUUGGCCAGUAAGCCUUUCUAGGUACUGAUUUGGAAGUCUUGCAACUUGGGAGGUCCAGUGGUGGCUCUGGUUUUCCCUGAGCGGGGAUAAGCUGCCCAGCCCUCAUCACCCAGAGGAAGCAGUGUGGACACUGCUCUCCUAGGCUCCUGGCUCCACAGCUUCCUCAUAAGGCUUUUACCAAGGAAAAGUAGCUAGUACUCUGAGCACCCGGCCUUUCAGGGCUCCUCGCCUGCCCUGACCCAUGGCAGUGUCAUUGUCCCACGGGUGUAACCCCUUGCCACUCCCUAUGUUACCAUUCUCCUCCCACCUGUCCCUAGUGAGCCUGUGAGUGCAGGGCAGGCAAGGGGCAUCUUCCUCAGCUCCAAGUGGGUAGAAGUUACAUAUAUAGCUUUUUUUCUGUUCUUGUCCCUGUCUUUGAAUCUUCAUCCCUGAUCCUCCUUUGUGUGGAGGAGGAGGGGUGCUCUCAGGGGCUUGACGCCAGUACUAUGCAGUGUCCAGUGUGAACAGCACAAAUUAAACACG